CAUUUGUCUGGGAAGAUGCUCCUUCGUGCGGCAGGGAGCCAGGCAGGGAAGCAAUUUGUCCUGCCAGCACCAUAUUUCACUCGUACUUGGCUUCAUAUUUAUUUCCUAGCUGAUUCUCAUCUUGACAUUGCAUGACAAUGAUGCUGCUGCUGCUGGUGAAGUUGCUCCAUAUCGCUAUCUAUGUUGGUUCCAGCAGACUCAAACGAGUUCAUUCCUUCUGGCUGGACUUUCUCUUGUUUUUGUUAUUGUUUGGCUGUGUUGCAUUUAUGUAUCAGUUGGUUAAAAAGAGUUGGUUGGCAAACAGUUUAGUAUUACAGGGUGAAUUUUUAUCAGUGGAUGAUGGAAAUGUAGAGUGAAACUGCUGCUCUGGGGGAAUUGAUCUGCUGCACACACAUUUUGCCCUCCUCCAGCGGAAAAGCAUACGACAUUGGAGUUUGGUGGAGAGCAGCAGCAGAUGUAGAGGAGCAGUUUCUCGGAAAUCAACCAUUUCCAUUCUGCUCAUCUUCAGUCCUUGUUGGGAGUAGGUGUCUCGUCCUACGUGGGACAACAACGGCAAAUCCUAAUCCUCCAGCAAUUUUAAAGCCAGCAGAACCCCUCGUCACUGGAGAAAGUUUUGGACAAAAUUACUUUCACCCUGACCUUGUUGAACAAAAGUCAACCCACACAUACACAAGUACCCUCCUCGACUAAUGAGACUGAAACUCUAAUCUAAUUGGUUACAUGUUCUUUGAUUCAUUCACUCAUUUAACUGACCAUAAUUAUAUAAAUACAUUGUGGAACAAUCUCGGAGCUGCUCAUAUACCAUUUUCAAAAAGGAUAAAAAGAACCUACGCUUUAACCAUUCGAUUUUGACCUGCCGGUGGAAUCCAGAUUCAAUUCUAAUAUUGGGGAAAUUCUGAAGAGUUGGAUCAUAAAUCAUCUCGUUACUUUGCAUCAGAUUGACUGUGAGGAGGAGGUGGAAAAUGAGAUCCCAAAAUAAUUGAAAACCUUUUUCACUGUCCUGGAAUUUGUGGAAGCAAGACAAAAAUGAUGCCCCUGAGUGGAACGUUGGGAACCAUGAAUCUUCCCACAAAUAGCUCAGUAGACACGGAAGAUUUGUCAAUUCUGGUUCAAGAAUUAAGGGAGCUGGGCUUUGAUGCGAUUAGGUUUGCAUCUUAUAGAACAGCAGCAAAAUUACGCUACAUUCAAAAGAAAUCUAAUUUUUUACUCGUCGACUUGUGGAAUGUUAUUGAAGGAUUUCGGGAAAAUGGUCUGAAUGGGCUCGAUCCCUACUCCAUCAUUACUGUGCCAAAAUUGGAAUCCGUUGUGACCUCAUUAUUUCUGAAUUUGAAUAAGCGUCUUCCUUUGAAGGCGCAAGUUGAUGUUUUGAGCUGUGCACGUUACCUUCUUUCCUGGUUGCUAAUUGCUUUCGAUGGCGAGGGGUCUGGACGAGUGCGUAUGUUCUCCGUAAAAAUUGGACUCGUCACACUUUGUAAUGGAAAAUUAGUGGAUAAGUUUCGAUAUGUAUUUUCACUGAUUUCUGACACCAACGGUUGUUUGGUGCUGUCAAGAUUUUCUGAGUACCUUCAGGAAUGCCUAGCGUUGCCAGCAAUGGUUUUAGAGUCGCCAACAUUUGGAUACACGGACGGUUUAGCAACGACAAUAUUUGACGGGACCAGUAAAAUUACAGUGAACGGAUUUCUGGAUGCGCUUUUAAACGAGCCAGGCCCACCUUCCUUAAUGUGGUUGCCGUUAUUACAUUCGAUGGCUACGGUCGAGGACAUAAAUCAUGGAGUACAAUGCAGUGUCUGUAAAGUUGGGAACAUUCAGGGAUUUCGUUACAAGUGCCAGAAGUGCUCCAGCUUUAACAUGUGCCAAAAUUGCUUUUGGGAAGGGAAAACUUCUGACAAUCAUCGAACAGACCAUGAAGUGAAGGAAUACGCUACUUGUAAAUCUGGGGGAAAGGGAUUGCGAAAUUCUUUCCGAAAAUCUCUCCGCUGUGUGCCGGACAAACCAAAGAAACUUGUUCCAAGAUUUCCUGAAAAACCAGAGGAACUUAUAAAUCUCUCUCAUAUUGUCCCACCUUCUCCUUUGCCUUUGCACAAUGGGUUCUCUGCUGUUGGAUAUGAUUCUUUGGACGCUUACUGUGAUCAGAAAAUGUUUGCAUUGGACUUGGGACAAGGCCCGAGCAGAAUGGUCAACAGUUACUCUGAAAGCGUUAGUGAAAGUGAUGAAGAACACAGGCUUAUUGCGAGGUAUACGGCAAGAUUGGCAUCCGAUGGAAAAUAUCCACCAGCCCCUCAAUACCAUACACUUCAGCACAACCGAAAUAUGUCCCAAACUAGUAUGAAUUUAUUUGAUUCUACACAAAGUCAAAGGGACAUGAUCAGUCAGUUGGAAAGUCGUAACCGAGAAAUAAUGAAUCAGAUUGCGCGUUUGAGAGCGCAGCAAGAGUUGAAUUAUCUCAAUGAAUCUGUCGAUCCGAUUGCAAUGGAUGAGCUUCAUGCAUUGCGGGACUACAAGAUGGAUUUAGAAGAUAAGCUAGGCGGCCUCCAAGAUUCUCGACGCCAUUUGAUGGGUCAGCUUGAAGGAUUGAUGAAGCUGCUGAAAGCACAACAGUUAAGUUCCGAUGGAACUCCAGAGUGUUCUCCGCGAAGUGGCAAAACUCCACCAAUGCCAAUCUACCAAACGGGAUCACUGCAUCGAUCCGCUCCAGCGACACCGCAUCAUUCCGACACUUAUACCACUUUGACUGGAGAACUUCGUUCGGCAUAUGGAAAUUCGGCAGACUUCAAUUCACGCUCAUACACGGAUUCUUCUAAGAAUUCGACCGAUAUGAUGAGCCGGAGUCUUCGAGAUGACCUGCUGAUGGCUGCUGACUCUGUGACUAACGCAAUGAGCAGCUUAGUGGAUGAACUAAAUGCAGAUGACGAUAGAUUGGAACACAGAAUAAUGAAACCCUUGGAAUUUGAAGGGUCGGGGGAGAAUUAUUCACAAAAUAGUCGGUGGAGACAGGAGAUUGAGGCGAAGCUUCAAGAGGAAGAAGACACUCAAAUGCAAAUGUUAAUGGAAUUUCGGUCGAGAAAAUCAUCCAAUGGUUCAGGAUAUGCUGUUCCUAAUGGCGUAGGAAUUGGGAAUGGGCGCGUCGGCAUGCCCAUUCAAUAUAAUCCAGUCAAUGGAAAAAAUGGCAGUUUUUGUGACCGCGAUGGAAAUCAUUAUGAUCGAGGAUCAGAUUCUCUGGGAAGACGCCGGCGCAGUUUUGACAACAAUGAACAUGGAUUUAACAAAUCUCAGAGGGAUGUUGUCAACGGGUCUCAUGUCAAAGGUGGUGAUGGGCCAGAUCUUAACUGUCCAGACUGGGAAGAUGGUCUCAAACGUCGGUUAAACCACUGAAGAAGUUACUAGCCCUAAGUUUGACCAAUGUAAGGAAAGAAUUACAUUCAUGGAUGGACAACUACUGACAAUAUAGAUAUAAAAAAUAUAUAUAUCCUAUACAUACAUAGCUAAAGUUUAAAUAUUUAUAAUGACGGCGUUUGGCAAAUUUUUCCUAAUCAUGUUGCCGGAAUAGAUAACUAAAAUUACCAAGAAAAUACUAUACUGUAUAAAGAACCAAAUUGGAACUAAAUUGUAUAUAGUACAAAAUACAGGAAGAAUGAUUUAUUGAUGAAGAAUUAGAAUGUAGAGUACACAAUAAUUAAAUGUCUUUUACCGUGUAACAUGAAUAUAUAUGAAUGCUUAAGAAAAAAGUUAAUGUACAAUAAUAUGUAAGACCAAGUAAGGGAUGCCGUGUAUAAUAAGUUAUCGUUAACAAGUCUCAACCCAUGACAUAUAACUAUGUAGAAAACCUGCAAUCUUGUCUAAGUCUGAUUGGCUGCUCUUGUUAUUGUUACCCACGUCGGGUUGUCGAAAUAUAAGGGGCCCAUACAUACAUAAGUAAAUAUAUUUAGCAAUGAAUGAUAUUAUCUGCACGGAUGCGAAAAAAACGGUUUUUGUUGGAACGAUUAUUAGCGAUAUGGAAAUGAUAAUGAAGUUUCUCUCUAAUAAUUUGUGGAGAAGGAAAGUGAUUGAUUAUGUAAUUCCAUUAUGACCUCUGUGAUUCAUAUUUUAUGACACUUUUGAUCUGAGUUUUAUUCCUGUUAAACAAUAACUCCACUUAUGAAAGACUGUUAUAUGAUGCAAAGUUCUGCUGAAUGAGAGUUUGGUUCAUUCUCGUCGUUAUAAAUACUAAACUUUCCAUUAUUACAUUCACCAUCAGAAGUAUGAUGAAUGUUUGUAUGAUCAAAUUUAUGUAUCCACAACUUAAAGAUAUUAAGAAAUUAAUAAAAUGCAAUUCUCUAACAA